CAACCCAAUCACAUUACAAUUUUCGAUUUUCAUUCAACCCAUCCCCCCAAAUCAAAGUCAGUUUAGUCUUUCCACAUUUCAAUAAAGAGUUAUGGGUAUAGAUGAUUUUAGUAGGUAUAGGAGAUUGAGUGAUGAGGAGGAUGGACAAAUGAGGUGAUGUCCCCCUCUAUACUCUAUCAAAAUAAUCAGAGAGUUCCUUUUCAAAAAAAAAAGAUCAUCAGAGAGCUUUUCUCCUGAUCAUCAUCUUCCAAUCCGAUAUUCUCUUUUGUCAAUAUUAUCGUUCAGAUCAAUGCUUUUGAUUAAGAAUUGAAAGUUUAUUUAUGUUGUUUCUCAUUAUGUCUUGUAUCAUCUUUACAAACACAUCUGCUGAAUUAUGUCGAUCUUGUGGCUUCAAGUUACCACAAGCCAAACCUAUUUGCAACAUCUCAACCAUCUCUUCCUCUAUACCCAUCAGAGAAAUGCACUUUGGUCCGAUGAUUAUAAAAGGCCAAGACUCAACAACCCAAUUAAACCAAUAAAAAAUUACGAUCCGAAAUUUCAAUUGGCUUGCUCGGUUUGGUUUAGAUCGUACCAAUUCGGUUUGGUUUAUCAAUAACAUAGAGCUAAACGGCAUCGUUCUGAGUCCCAUCGGCUCUCUUAUAACCGUUAUGAAGGGCUAAUCAGAUAUUAUUGAUCAAAAAAAUCAGAUAUUAUUUUUUUAUGAUUGAUUUUGAUGAUAAUCAAUAAAGGAAUUAUUUAAGAAAGUAACAAAUAGUGUUUGUAUAAAAAUAUUAAUAAGAUAUUAGAAUUGUUUUUAAAUAUUGCCUAAUUAUAAAAAAUACGGUAUUAAAAAUAGUUUUUUAUUUUUUGUUGCCAUUUACAAUACAAUUUCUCAUUUUUUAAAGUUCAGGGCCUUCAGGCAUCGAAUUCUUUAUUUUUUCGGGUGCAAAUAAACGGAAUGUAUUCUAUUCAAUUAUCCGAAAUUAACUUUAACCAUGUAUAAAUGUUAUAAAAUUCUUGGAAUCAAGUGCACCUCACCUUCUUUAGAUCCAUACAUAUAUAGAAAAGGAAUAUUAUUGUACCCUUUUUUUUUUUACUGUACUCUACAAACUGCAAAAAAAGGAGCAAAUAAGCAAAAUCAUUAGAUACAGUAUUAUGUUGGUCAACAAGAUGACCAUCGUUAAUUUAUGACUAAAACAUGCUACUCUAUUUUAUACAAAAAUGUUGUUUUUUAAUAUUUCCAAUGAAAAGUUGACAAAGUAUAUAUAUUUGCUAAUCUUAAACCAGGAUGAUUAUGGAAAAAAAGUUAUUUUUUGAGUUCCAAAAUAUAGAUGAUUAAUAAAUGAUGUUACUGUUAGUUGAGAAUUUGACAAUUUAAAUCAUGUAGUUUUUCUUUCAACUACUAAAAUUAUAAAUAAUUAUUAAAUAAUAUUUUUAAAAAAGUAUAUUUUUAAAAAAAUAUAAAUAAUUAUUAAAUAACACGAAAACACUUGAGAAAAUCCCAUAAAAAAAAAAUACUCUCAACACAUUUAAUAUCAAGAAGAUGAUGACCAUUUAUAUUAAAAUAAAAUAAUUACAGUUAUACUCUUAAUUUCUUUUCGCUACAUGCAAGAUUCACAUCCCCUAUAUAUAGUCUUUGCCUCCAAAUUGGUUCUCUUGAUCGUUAAGCGAAGAAAGCCGGAAACAUCACUUUUCUCUACUCCACCUUCAACGGUUAACUCGAGUUCGUGGUUUCUUCAUUUUCCCCGGCGAUUUUCUCCUCGCCACUCUCCUUCGCCCUCCGUUUCAAGUUCAAUUUCGCGGCGCAGGUAUGUACGAAUUAUCCCCCGUUUUGCGAACGAUCGCCAUGAAAGUCUAUUUCUUGGUUUUCUUGAUUGUAUCUAAUCAGUUCGUUUCAAAUCAGAUUCACGUCUACAUCCACUUCCACUUCCACGGCGCGGCGCGAUUCUUGUUGAUUCUUGAUUUUCCGUCGAGGUAUGUAUCCCUUAAAGAAAGAUCUCCAUGAAAGGUCACGUCUUGCUUUUCUUGUGUUAUAUUGAUAUAAUGAGGUUUGUAUAAUUGGUAAGAAAUAGUUGUUUGUAGUCCUUCUUCCGCCUUCGUGAUUAGAUCUUUCUCUAAAGGACCUUUAAGUUUCUUUGUAUAAUUGGCAAAAGAAAAUGGUUGUGGUCAUGAGUUUGUAUAAUUGUCAAGAAAUGAGUUGUUUUGUAGUCUUUGAUUAAGCUCUUGCUUCAGUCUUGGUUUUUUUUUUGUGUUGUUGCUGAUCAGGUUUGUAUAACUGGCAAAAGAAAAUGGUUGUGGUCAUGAGUUUGUAUAAUUGUCAAGAAAUGAGUUGUUCUGUAGUCUUUGAUUAAGCUUUAGUCUUGGUUUUUUUUGUGUGUUGUUGCUGAUCAGGUUUGUAUAACUGGCAGAAGAAAAUGGUUGGUAAGAUUGUUCUGGAAACUGGAGAUAUCUUGAGUCCACCAAAGCCUGAUGAGAGUUCACGCAAAAUGGUUACUUCAGAGUCUCAAGCUGCUGAUGAUCUUAAGGCAAAAGGAGAUAUGCUCAAAGACAGCUCCGGUGAUUUGAUUGGAAAUGAAGAGUCGGUUGUGUCAGAAAAGCCUGAUGAGAGUUCACGCAAAAUGGCUACUUCAGAGUCUCAAGCUGCUGAUGAUCUCAAGGCAAAAGGAGAUAUGCUCAAAGACAGCUCCGGUGAUUUGAUUGGAAAUGAAGACUCGGUUGUGUCAGAAAAGAAUAUUCCUCAGGAUCUUAUUGAAUUGAUUCUUCAACGCCUUCCAGUGAAGUCAAUUUUUCGCUUCAAAUUGACUUGCAAAGACUGGAGGAGUCUCUCUACCCUCCCAAGGUUUAUCUACAAACACUUACAAGUUAGUCAGAGGCGGCUGUUUCUUCACAUAAGGGGCUCUCAAGUUUGGCAGCUUGAUCUAGAAACUGCGACAUAUUCAAGGAUCCAAGACUUUGGAGAAGAAAUUGGAAGCAUCUCACACUGUGAUGGCCUGGUUCUGUUGAGCACAUCUUGCUAUGAGCCUUCAACCAAAACUCUCUCAAGGAGGAUAGCUAUAUGGAGUUGCUCUCAUGGUGAAUGCGCCUGGAUACCUAGAAUUGGGCUCUCCUUCUAUGAUUUCUACUGCCUAGGGAGAGAUAGCAAGAAAUCCUACAAAGUAUUGCGAUUCACACAUGGAAGACAUGAUCAGGGUGAUUUUGAAGCAGAAGCAGAAGCUGAGUUAUAUGAUCUUGACUCACAUCGCUGGAAGACUGUUGAGAUAAUAGAUGACUGGAUUACACAUGGCAACGGCAACUUUGGAGUCGUGUCCGUUGAAACGAGCUCAUAUUGGGUUGCUGCGACAGAGGGUAAAUAUUUUGUCCAGAGCUUUGACUUCACUGCCGAAUGUUUUAGAGCCAUAACUCUCCCAAAAGCAGUUGCUCUCUCUGGUGGAAAAACACUGGCUCUGUCGCCAUUUGAACACCAAAAGCUGUCUAUUUUGUGUCAGAUAGCAGACAAAACCGAGCUUUGGAUUACUCAGGUUGGAGAUGUUGUGAAUUGGGAGAGGUUUCUUGUUUUUAGAGGACAUCAGCUUAUACCUCACAAUCCAGCCUUUCUCAUCAUGGAAAAAAUGGUCAAGGUGUUUUGUGAAGAAGUAACGGUUGAUAGAAGUUUUGCUAAGAUCAAAAUCAGACAGAUAGGUCAGGGCGGCUUUGAAGAUACCCAAAUAGCUCAAUAUCGAUUUGAUAGGCCUACAAGGAGUUGCCUGUAUACAGAGAGUCUGGUUCCCUUGCCAUGAGGUGCGUUUGGUUUUUAUUAGGUAUUUUCUUAAGGUGCGUUAGGUUUUUAUGAGGUGCGUUUGGUUUCAAUGACAAUAUUUUCUUAUGCGUUUGGUUUCAAUAACAAUAUUUUCUUAGGCGUUUGGUUUUGAUGAGGUGCGUUUGGUUUUUCUUAUGCAGGUACAAUGUUUCUGAGGCAAAGCAUCAAUAUAGUCUUCGGUGACAGAACAGUUUUUUUUUUCUCUGGGAGUAUGAUAGGAAACCAGAUGCGGCAGACAAGGUGUUUCUGAACAUGUUAAUACAAAUUUGUUGUAGAUUUGCUUAAGAGAUUCUUUUUGGAUUGGGAUACAGAGAUACUAUAGAGUCAACGGUAAAGUACAGUUUUUUUCCUGAGAGAGUAUGAUAGGAAACUAGAGGAGGGAGAGCAAAGUGUCUCUUUAACAUGUUCUUGUUGUGGAUUUGGUUACAGAUUCUUUUUGGAUUGAAAUACAUAGUCAGUCAAGUGAACUGAACUUUUACUGAAUUCAAAGUUGAGAUCCAUCUCUGAUGGUGGUGUUUGCUGUGUUGUUUGGUUGAUAAUCUUGUUCACACUGAUAGCUUAUGCUUUCAGUGACUUAGUCUUGUCCAGAUGGUCUUUUUCUGAUGUUUUUCAAGAACAUGAAGAUUCCAAACAUACACAUAACAAAUGACAAAGAGCAAAGAAACUUUCACUAUAAAAGAGAGAGAGAAGGCGACCCUCUUAUUACAAAUAAGAAGAACUAAAUACAUUAGCCUUUAGUGCCUCAAACUUCAUUAGUUUGAUGAAACCAGUUAUGAGCAUACAUCCCACAAUAAAGAGAGCAAUCCUUGGCCUUGCAGACCAAGAUUUGGCUUCCAACAACUCAUUCCUAACCCUUUAGAUAUAUGAGCUUCGACCUUCACCUUCGUUUCCAUCUGCUCAAACACACUUUCUUGUUAGUGUCUUUCACCUCUGCUUCAAGUCUUGCAUUUUGGUAAGCCACUGACUCUGUGUCAUCUAACAAAGCUUCAUACACCCAUUUGAAAGCACGAUUGUCAUUGUUUGCAUAAGGGUGGUAGCUUGGAACCUCAAGGAUGGUCUCAAGACUAGAACCAUCCACAAUGGGCAAACACAUGCAUAUACUUGACAAGAGAUUUGUUGAACAAUGGAAGGGUAUCUUCCAAUCAAAUCAAUCUGAAACUUAGCCUUAUCAAACCCAGUGACUGGAUGAAGAUCAUUCAAGAAUGUGGGUAUCAACUCUGAUCCAUCAGCGCCAUCUUUAAUACAUCCGUUCCAUGAGCUCUUCAGCUAAGUCAGUCAAAGAGAAAUAUCAAAAGCCAUUGGUGAUAAUCAGAAACCCUUAAAAACUCAAGGUAGCAGUAGCAACAACCAGCAAUGUAAGAUAUACAGAGAAAGCUUUCUAAAAGAGAGAAGUGAAUUAGGUAAAUUUUAGUAAACUUUUUUUUUUUUUUUUUUUACUUUUAUCACUUGCAGAAGAGUGUUGUAGUUAUUCCCUCGCAGCCUUGAGGUGAUUUGCUUCGGCCAAGUGUAUGUAUGUAGCUUUCUAUUACACGCCACCCCUUUGCAAGAGAUGUGUUUAUUUUUGGGUCUCUUUUAUUUUCGACAGCUAGAUCAUUUUAAUUUAGUCUGUAAUCAAAUUAAUUUGGGUAAUCAACACAAUAAUGAAGUGUAUAUCGGACUUUUAAAUUCAUUAAGAGAAAGACAUGUCGGUAAAUCUUUUAUUCUUAUUUGUGCCGUUCGACUUUACGACCUAUAUCGCAGAUCCAAUCCCGGCGAAGAACAACAGAAAGCCAUUGGAGCAGAAGAAUGAAAAUGAUAUCGCGUAGACUUACUCCUCGCCUGUCUCCGCCAAGGAGAUGUCAGUUAAGUCUUUCGACAAAGUUCUGUUGGAGAAGGAGUUGGAAGAUGGAGGAGUUCAAACCAAACAUGGAAGGAAAAAAGAAAACAGAUGUAUGAUUUUCAAAGGGUUUGGUAGACGAAGUGAGUGAGAUUAGAGCCAUAAAAGUAGGAAGAAGUGAUAAAAGAAGAUGGUGGGGGAAAAGAUUAUAACUAUGUGGUUGACUUUUCCAUCACAAGUUCUCGUGGUGACACAUGUAACACGUUAGAGAAUGAAAUCGUUGUGUGUGUGUUUGCGCAAGCCCUUGUUUUAUUUUAUUUUUUAUUUUUUUAACCCUAGGGUCUUUGUUUCUGUUGGAAAGAUUAAAACGGUAACAGAUGACUUGGUAGCUGCAACUGGUAUUGACAAGUUCAGUGUUUCCUAUCCAUGUGAUUUUUCCUAAGAGAAAGGCUUUGUUGUAAUAACAUCUUAUCCAUGUGUCCUGGAAAUGCUAAGUAACCUAGCAUGAGAAGUUGGCAGAAUGUCAUUGUCUAAGAUUACUCUCUUUGCUCAUAACCUUGUCACUGAUUCUACUACUUUCAGUUGCUAUCAAUUGGCUGCUUUAAUAUGCUGAUUGGUUUCCAGGUCAUAUGUUGAUCAAUGUCAGAAAACUGGAUGCGUGGGGGAUACUUGCUUCCAUCAAUGUCAAUUUUCAGCUGAUGGAAAAGCCAUUAAGAGCCACUUUACCUGCGAUGGAAACAGUGGGAUUGCAAAAGUGAUUGUCAGUACGAAUUGCAUGAUGACUAGAGGAAAAGAGACGGAGAGAAACCUACCAAGUACUUCGUUAAAUGGCCACUCAAACAUGUCUAUGGCAUUCAGGUGGCAGAAAAGAACAAGGAGACAUAACUGGAAGCAAUGGAGGAAUAAAAAAGGACGAAGGAAGAAGAGGCCAUGAGUCAAAAGAAAGAUGAAGAUGAUCUCAUGGAACUCCAUAAACAAGAAGCUCUCUUAACUGCAUAAGAAGAAGGAGAAAACAGACAAUCUGAUCAAGGUCACUCAUUGACUCACACUUUCCCCUUUUAACUCACUAAAAUGCAUCGGUGGAAUUGAUCACUGCUACUGCUUGCACUGAGAAUAGAUGGAAGUUUUCAUGAUUGUAAUUCUGCUCAUCUACACCCGUUCAACGCUUUGGUUUGUUUCAUUUUCUCAAGCUUGAAUCCUUUCAGCGUGGAUAUAGAGUCUUUUAUGCUAAAAAUACUGUUUCCUUGGACUCUAAAGUCGUAAAUGAUAUCACAAAGAUAUUUGAUACGAUUAAGUAUUUAGAAGCGCAACGUUAGUAUACAUCUCUUACAAAGUCGCAAACCAUAAACAUUAUGUUGUACAAAUAUCGACGAAUUGUACAAGUCACCAUAUACAUAUUGCCUCAUAACGAAUUGUACAAGUCACAGGACACAUUUGAACUUAUUAUUUGAAGUUAAAAACAAGACAAGAGUACGGCUUUAAAAAAAAUAACUUGUUGCUGAAGCAAACAAAUGUUUUAACAAGCAAAAAAAUAACUUGUUGCUUGCAGGCCAGUAGCCUUGUACUUUGCUUUGUCUGUUUUGUACAUGAACAACACACGAGCAUGUCAACGUUACCACCAAACAAGUUUUGUUAUUUGUUUGAUAAAUAUCAUAACCUUGGGUUCGAAAAAAAAAAAAGAAGAGAACAAACCGUAAGAACGACAAUAGAUUGGUGUUUUAUAACGCCAAAGUUGAAGUUGAGAAGCUCUCACUUCUUGACUUGAGAGGUUUUAGAGUGGCUGAAACAGAGCGACCCUUGGGCUUAAGUAGAGCGAACCCUUAUUGACUCUAUGCACGUUCGUCUUGUGUUAGUUACUCAUCUCGAUUGGUAUCUAGCUAACGUGAAACAUAAACUUAGAAAGUAUGCAAGUGAUGCUAGAUUUAAGAACUUUGUGUGUACCAGUUUAUGCUAACGGCUUGAUUUGAAUGUCCAAACUUUAGCAAAACUUUGCUUUCUUAAAAUCUCACAUUCACAAAACUUCAAACCUAUGGUAUCUCAACAUAUACCUGUUGCCGUUACUUCUUCCACAAGAGGCACAGACAUUAAAAUUCUUGUAGCUUAAGAUUCCAAACAAUUUAGCAUGCUAAAAUCCAACAAACCUAGCUAGCUAGCUAGAGAAAAAGAAACUAAAUAAAAUAUUAUACAAAAAAAACGAGCAAUAUCGAAACGUACGAAUCACUUCUCCUCCUCGUCCUUUGUUGGAUUCUUCCUCGUCCUUUGUUGGAUUCUUCUGCAAGGUUAUGCGAAGAGAAGAUAACCACAGUUCCUUGGAUCGGUUUUAAUGGUCAGCUCGGUGGAACAGUUUGUGCACUUGAAGUAGAACCUAUAAAUUUCAAUCCCUAGGUAUGUUUCUUCGGUGACUUGUUCUACACGUCUAUUGAAUUUGGUGCCCUCCGACAUGUAAUUACCACACUUGUUGCAACGAGCAGGCACCGGAAGCAUAAAUCGAUUCUUUUUCUGAUGGUUCUUCGGUUUCAGGAGGCGAGGUAUCAUCUUCGGAUCAAAGUCUGCCGGAUAAUUCUUGUUUAGGACUUUGCGUUCUGCCAUAUCUUCACAACACAACGAAUGGUUUGAAUCAGAAUAGUUAAGGGUUUUAAUUCUACUCUCUGCUUUAGAACUAAGAGCCUUGACCACCUCUCUUUUUAUAAUACUCGAAUUUUCCUUAUCCCAAUUGUGUUAACAAACCGACUUUGAUAAAUAAAAGGAAAAUAACCUUUUUGUUUUUUUGGUUCAAAAAAUAAAAGGAAACUAACCAUUAUCAGGUUUUGUAUUGUAAAAAAAUUAUCUAGUAUGUGUGUUUUAAAUACGGCCGAAUGUAGUUGGGCUUGUGAUGUUUAGUUGUGGGCUUAGUGUCAAUAUCGGCUUCUCUGGACUACGCAUAGCUCUAAAGAAGGAUAUCAAAAAAAAGAAAAAAAAAUCUCCGCAGACGCGCAUCUCUAUAGACUUUUGACAGAGAAGAGAACCUCUAAGAUCGGAAUCCAUGGAAUCGCUCAAAGGAAAAGGGAAAGGAUCGAGGGGAGCUUUGGAGCUCCUCAAGGAAUGGACCAAUUGGUCUCUGAAGAAGGCCAAAGUCGCGACUCACUACGGCUUCAUCCCUCUCAUCAUCGUCAUCGGCAUGAACUCCGAUCCUAAGCCACAUCUCUUCCAACUCCUUAGCCCUGUCUGAUCCUCCUGUUUCAUCAUCAUCAUCUUCGUCAAAACCAGAUCAAUCAAUCCUUUCCGAUCUUCUCGUUAGAUCUUCUUUAUGUUCAGUAACUAAGUUUUCAAAUGCUUUCUCUAUGGUUCUUGUCUGUAUGGAAUCAGUUAGCUUAUGAUAAUGUUCAUUUAGCAAGAACCAGUAAUGCUUUUGAUUAAGAAUUGAAAGUUUAUUUAUGUUGUUU